GUUCAUUAUACAGCAGCCGUCAAUCCUAAAUAAACAGUCUCUCACUCCCUCUCUGUCUCAGUUCCAUCCCAGGGAGCAUCCAUGGAAUAAACAGAUUCCUGCCUUUGCCUCUACGCAGCCACCAGACAUUUCUUUUUCUGCUGGGAAAUAGUCUUUGCUGAAACUGUAACAACACAAGAAAGUAGACACAGCUACUGAUUGGCUGUAGUAAAAUAAGCAAGAAAAUACCCCAUACAGAAUCUUGCUUGGGACUCUAGAAGUGCAAGAAAUAAAAAGGUGGAAGCUGGAAGACCCUACCAAGUUGUCACAUGAGAUCUUCUCUACAUUUCGUGCCCAUCACCAUUCCUAAAAAAUGAACUUAUUUUGGCUCCUUGUGCUGAUGGUGGCACCUUUGCUCUGCCAUUUUCAGCAAACCACUGAGCAUUCAGAAAGCAGUGAGGUGCCUCCGUCUAAAUGCACUUACACAUUUGUGGUACCACAGCAGAAAAUAACUGGUGCUGUCUGCAUAAGUACAGGGAGGCUUCCUAUUUCAUUGGGUGUAAACAAAAGUGAGGUGCAUAUUCUAAGGGAAGAGCUUAAUCGCCAGCAGACUGAGAUUGAGGAACUCAAAAAGUUAGCUGAAAUAGACCAUGACGUGAUCAUGGAAAUGGAACAACUCCGCAAAGAAAACAGGAAUAUGGGUUCCAGUCUCAGCAACCUUCAAACUCAGCUUUUUCAUGAGGUCCUGCAGAGAAAAAAUGAGUCAACUGAAGCCUCUAAGGGGGAGGAUGGAGGAUUGAAUGCUACUUCUGAAGUGCUAAAGUUGGCAACCAAGUACAAAGAACUUCAGGAAAAAUACAACUUCCUGUCAUUCUUAAUUAACAAUCAGAGUGCGACCAUCGCUCGCCUUGAAGAACUCUGCCAGCAGAAUAUUCUUCAGCGACAAGCUGGCCAGAAUCCUGCACAUUCAGUUGUGACAAGUGGUUCCUCCAGUGGUUCGGAUGCCAGACAAAAACACAGCGCUGGAAUACAGGCAGAUCAAAUGGAUAUCACUUUGGACAAGAAGAACGUUUCUCCAGUUGCACAAGGCCCUGCUCAGACAACCAAUGUACCUGCUGUGAUUGUAACAGAGGCUGCUGAAUCAUUAGGACCGUGGACGGACUGCUAUGAUGCUCUGCGUGGCAAUCAAAAGUCCAGUGGUAUUUACCUGUUGAGGCCUCGUGGAGGAAACCAAGUGAUGCAAGCAUGGUGUGAGCAGGAACUCUCUGGUGGAGGGUGGACUGUCAUCCAAAGACGUCAAGAUGGAUCAACUAACUUUUUUACUAACUGGAAUAGCUACAAGAAUGGAUUUGGAAACCUGAAUGGAGAAUACUGGUUGGGUCUGGAGAAUAUUUACUGGUUGGCCAGCCAAGGAAGCUUCAAGCUCCUCAUCAUUAUGGAAGACUGGCUGGGCCUUCACGCCAAAGCUGAAUAUGACUACUUCCGACUGGAAUCUGAGAGUGAUUUUUAUCGGCUGCGCUUAGGCCAUUAUCGUGGCAGCGCAGGGGACUCUCUCUCUUGGCACAGUGACAAACAGUUUAGCACCAACGACAAGGACAGAGAUUCAUACACAGGUAACUGUGCGUAUUUCCAUAAGGGCGGCUGGUGGUACAACAUGUGCGCCCAUUCCAACCUCAAUGGGAUAUGGUAUCGAGGAGGCCAUUACCGGAGCCGCUACCAAGAUGGAGUAUAUUGGGCUGAAUUCCGCGGGGGCGCCUACUCUCUUAAGAAGGUGUCCAUGAUGAUCAAGCCGAAUGUAUGAAGGCUACAGUUAUUGCUGCCACCUCACCAAGCAGAGAUGUCAAGUUACCCUUUGUCAUGAGAUGAGGUGGAUCAUUAUCACCCUAAUUACAUGGGGUCAUUUAACAUCUCUGCUCAUCCACGUUGAACAUCUAUUUUUAAUGGCUACAUUUAGACGCCAUAUUGUGCUGAUACAGAAAAACCAUGGGAAGGUGGUGGUAAUCCUACUACACUGAUCUCUCAGUAUCAUCAUACACUGAUUGUCACGGAUGUAGCAUAAAUACACUCUAGGUCCUAUUUAUGUAUCGUAAGUUCCAGUAUAGCGAUAAAGAACACACCACCCCCUAUAUUGAGCUUCUCUGACAUGGAAACCACUGCCCUGUAGAAUGAAGUCUUUGUAUACAUCGAAAUAAAUCCUCUAUCCCAGUGAUAGCAUUUAUUUCAAUAUACAAAAUGUAUAUAUGUCAAUAAAGAAUAUAUCGAGUACCUAGAUACCACAAUUGCAAAAAAAUUGCCAGUGUUGCUUUGCUACAACUGUCAGGCACAACUGAUGGCCAUCUCAGGUCAUUUUGCCUGGUCAUGCGCUUUCACAAAGAGCCAACACU